AGCAACUUUGCUCCGGAAUUUGCGCAGCCUGGCGCAGCCUGGCGCAAGAGCAACCCAUCCGGCGCUCGAUCGCUGUAAUAUCAUCCCUAUUUUUAGUGCCGUGCCAGCGAUUCGACAGGUUGGGCACCGCUCCAGGCACAGUGCCUCUCCCUAUGCACUCUCACUACUAAAAGAGUGCUUCUCAUCCGUUGCAUUGGCAGCUUACCGGCAGCCGCCGACGCAGAACUCAGCCGCUGCAUGACGUCGUAGACCAGUCUUGGCUGCCACACUGUAUACCCACAAAACCAUGCGCUCGCCUCUGCUGAGCGCCAUGCGCUUCGUCGGCCACCGCGGCGCCUCCCACAUCGCGCCCGAGAAUACGAUGGCUGCCUUUCGCGCGGCGACGGCGCGAGGCGUCGGCUUCGAGUGCGAUCUGCAGGCGCUGCGGGACGGCACGCUGCUCGUGCUCCACGACGACACGCUGCUCCGGACGGCCACGGCGCCCCCGGGGCUGAGCGACGCGGCGGCGCGGCGCUUCCGUGAGUUGGUCCGCACGCCCGUCGGCGAGCUUGUGUACGACGACGUCCGCGACGUCGACGUCGGGAGCUGGAUGAAUCCAAAGUUCGCGUCCGAGCGGCCGCCGCGCUUCGACGAGGCGCUCGGCGAGGCUGCUCCGGAUAUCUUCGCCGAACUCAAGGGCGACGACGACGGCUACAGCUUCGACGGGCGAUUGCCCGACCUGGUCGGGGCGCUCGCGCUGCCGUCUUCACUAACAUGGAUCUCGUUCUCUCUGCCGCUCGCGGGGCGCGGCGCGGACACCGCCGUAUUUCUACUAUCCUCCCCCCUGAGGCGACGAUCCCCACGCAGGUCGAGGAGCUCAAGCGGCGCGACAGUACACAACCGUGCCUGCACGUCGCCGAGCCGCGCAAUCUGGAAGACGCCUGGGCCGCGGCGCGCGCCGUCGCCAAUAGUGAUGUGGACGGCGUCGACCUGCCCGCUUCUCCAGAACUGGUCACGCCCGAGCUCGUGCGGUACCUCCACGACCACGAUAAAAGGGUUGCGGUCUGGGUCUGGCGCGCGCCCGCUUUGAAUGAUACGCCCGCGGUCUGGGACGCGUUGUCAAAGGCGGGCGUCGACGCGUUCACGUCGAACCUGCCCCCCGAAUUAAUCCUGUGAUGAGUUGUAAACA